AUGAGUCAUAAUAAGGCAGACGAUUUGCAGGAUAAACUUCGAAAAGAACGAGUAAACGAUUUUAUAGUUAACCAAUGCAAAUUCGAUAUUAUAGAAAAAUAUGAUGAAAGUUCAAGUGACGAAAAAAACGAAAAUAAUCAUCAAAAAGAACACUUCAAAAAUGAUGCCAAAAAUAUAGAUUAUACUUUUAAUCUUGUUGAUGAAUCCCCCAAAUUUUUGAACAAAAAAGCAGAAAAAGAAAAUAAUAAUAUAUUAAAAAGUUGUAAUGUAAGUUUUCCCCCAGCUCUUCACAGGAGUAUAUUAAAUUUACAAAAAAAUAAUAAGAAUGAAAAGUUAGACUUGAAUAAAAUAUACAAUAAUAAUAAUUCAUUCCACAGUUGUGAGAAUAGCAAAAAUAAUGAACAUGAAAACAAGCAAAAUUAUAAUUUUGCCAACAAAACAAUUCCAAACAUAAAAUAUAAUGAUAAUCAUAAAAAAGACAUAAAUAUAGAGAAAACUGACUUAGAAAAAAAAAUACAUAAUAAUAAUCACAGUGAUUAUUAUAAAAAUAAUGAUACAAAAAAAUAUAACGUAAUCUUUAAAAUGAAUAAGAAUGAACUAGCGAAAUUGCAAUGGACUAAUCCAAUAGAAGACACAGAAAUUAGAGAAAUAAAAAAUAUGAAAGAAAUAAAAUUACAUGAAAUAAGAUUUGAUUUUUCAGGUAGACUAAGAAUACAAAUAAAUGAAAAUCUAUAUAACGAAAAAGAAAGAAAAAAAAUAUUUGACAAUUUUGAUGGACUUUAUCAUCAUAAUGAAGAACCAUUAAAUAGUGGAUAUACAUUACCUGAGCUUUUAUUUUUAUGUCAAAGUUCAUAUCCAAAUCAAGUAUGUAUAGCAUUAAAAAUUAUGAAACAUAUAUUUAUAAAUAUGUAUUUAAAAGUUUCCGAACUAAAUGAUGUACUUUUAAAUAGUAAUAUAAUAAAUAAUUAUCAAGUAAAAAACAAAUAUUCUUACACUUUUACAUUUAAUAGAUUUGUAAAUUAUUUAAAUAAUGAUUUGAAUAUAUUUUCAAAAUUAUUAUUUUUAUUUAAUUAUUAUAAUAAUAAAAAUUUACAAUUUAAUUGUCUUCAUGCUAUGGCUAGCUACUUAUUUCCAAAUAACACAUACAUAAUAAAAGAUAAAAUCAUAUUUGACGGAACAGAAGAAAACAAAAUUAACAAAUUUAAAUAUUCUAUAAAUUAUGAAUUUUUUUCAUAUCAUGAUUUGUUUAGUGAUAACAUUUUUUUCGAUGAAAGUUAUAAUAUAUUUUUUUAUUCAAGCAAAAAAGGGCAAGGUUAUUCUAUCUCAGAUUUGUUCUUAGAAAAUAAUAAUUCAAAGAUUGUGAAAAAUUCGAUAGAACAUAGAGACAAUAAUAUAUAUGACUCAAAUCAAGCAAAUAAUCUUAACAAUCCAAAGGACGAUGACAUUACAAUUUUUAUAAAUAAGUGUAAAGAAAAUGAAAUAAAAAAUGAAGAAGAAAAAGUAGAUAAAAUAAUUGUAAGAAAUACAACGAAAAAAAAAUAUGAACAAAAUGAUGAAAAUAAUAUAAUUUAUGAUAAAAUUCUUUGCUACCUUAAAAAUGUUAAUGGAAGUGCUGACAAUCCAAGUAAAUUAUUAGAAAUAAAUUUAGAUAUAAUAAAAUCAUAUAAAAAAACAAAUGAUAAUGAAGAUAUCGAAAUUAUAAAACUUAUAAACAAUAUAAGUAAUAUUUUGGAAAAUAAUUUUGCUGUUGUCGAAGUAGAAAAUAGUUGUGUGUGCCUUUUAACAGGGUUAUUAAUUAAAUAUAAACAUGAAAUAAAUAUAUUAAAAAAUAAAGAUCUUGUAAAAAAUUUAGAAAAAAUAUGCGAAUCAAAAAUUGUAGGUAGCUAUUUGUACAAUGAAAGAAUAAAAAAGGAAUGCCUAAACACAAAUCAAAGAAUUAACUGUUCUGAUCUUAAUUUUGUUUAUAAUUUAAUUACUUUAAUAAGAUAUAUAAUUAUAUAUAACUAUGAUAAAGAUUUUUUUCAGAUUUUCGAUGUCCUAUCAUUUUUAAUUUUUUAUAGAACUUUGCCAUUUAGUCUGAAUAUUGAAAAUUGUACUGAUAUUGGAAACAAUCAAAAUGUUGAAAAAAUAAAUGAUAACAUGGAAAAAAACACAAACACUGCAAUGAGGCAUUUUUAUUUAUUUAUUUCCACAGAAACGUUAAAAGUAUUUAGAAUUUUAUUAUCUUGUAAUCUGUAUAAAGAAUCAGUUGAAUAUUUUCAUGAUAUUGUUAACAAAAUUCAUAAAAUAAAUAUAAAAAAUGAUAUAAUUUGUAAAAAGUUUCUAACUCAAGUAUAUUUAUAUAUUUCUACUUAUAACUUGAAAUGUGUUGAUAUGGAUUUAUCAGGGCUUUUAUAUACUUCUAAAAUUAUUAAAACGUUAGAAAUCCAAAUUAAUAAUGUAGAUAAUCAUAGUAUACACAAAGAAGAAAAAUGUUAUGAAUAUAUACAUGCAGACAAUUCUUUUUCUUACUCUAAUAAUAUGAAACAACAAAAUAAAUUAGACUUUAACUAUUUAAAUGAUUUGAUAUUAAUAAAUCAAUGCUUUAAUUAUAUAUAUACUUUAUUUAUCUGUAUUAGAAAAAAAUGUAUAAAUAUAGAACAAUGUAUACAUACCGAGCAAAUAUACAAACUUAUGAAAUUGGUUCAACGAAUUGGGUAUGUACUUAUAAGAAAUCUUAGUUGGUUGCUAGAUUGGUAUAAAGAUGACGCAAAAAGGAAUAAUGAUAAAAAUGAAGACAGCAUAAUUAAAAAUAUAUUUAACAAAAGAAAGGAAUGCCCUUUUAUAUUCAGUUACAUUAUUUAUGAACAAUAUUUGGAUCCUCAUUUUUUUUUUGUCAUAUUUAUACAGAUUCUAAACGGUAUUUUGAAAAUAAUUUUUGAGAUAAAUUAUAUGAAUGAAGUACAAAAUAAUGAUGAUAAAAUUAGUGCCAAUAAUAUUUGUGACAAAAUAAAGUCACUUAUUGAUUUAUUUUCUCACUUAAAUCGAGAUGUGUUAAAAUUGUUUAAAAUAGACGUAUUCAAAAUUGAAAAUAUUUUAGAUUCGAACAAUGUGUUUCUACCACUAUCAUAUUUGUUUUACAAUUUAUACAAACUUUUUAAUAUAAAUGUUUAUAAGGAACAAAAUGUUUCGAGCAUGAAUACUAAUCAAAAUAAACUUAAAAAUAACAAAAUAUGUGACACUAUUUUAAGGAAUGACAAUAUGAAUCUUAUUUUCUAUUCGCUUGUAUUUUGCUCUUCAGUUUCUCUUAGUUACUUUUCUUUAAAAGAAAUCACGAAACAACCAAACAUUUCAAUAAAUAAAAACAUAAAGGGAGACACAUAUACUUAUUCGGAUCAAUUCUUAUUGCAAAAUAAUUCUGAAAUGCUUAUAAAAAGGGAAAUGAAAAACGAUGAUGGUAUAAAGGAAUCAACGUUGCUUAGAUAUACAAAGGGCGAUAUUCCAACUUCUUUUCAAAAUGCAGACAUGUAUCAAAGGGAAAUAUGUUCAAAUUAUGAGAACAACGAUGAAUACAUAAAAGAUAUUAAUGUGGCAUAUGUUAUCCUAUUUUUACAAAAAUAUAUAAAAGAAAGUUUAUCAAUAUAUAAUAGCAAAAAAAAUAUAUUUUUAUUGUUACUAAAAAAUAUGUUUAGAGAAUGUAAUAAACCAUUAAAUUAUAUAAACAAAAAGGAAGAAAUAAUAAUUAGCAAAGUGCUAAUUUUAUUUUUGAAUAAAAAUGUUUUAAAUUUUUUAGUAAAACAUAUGGAUGUAUCUACAUUUUUUAAAUUUUUCAUUCAAAUAUUUCUUGUUAAUAACCAUAAACAAAUUGGAGACUAUAUGAAUGAGCAUAUAAAUAUAUAUAACUAUUUUGUGUCUAUAGCAGAAUUAUAUAUAUUUAAUAACAUAUAUUGUGAUGCUGAUACUUUAAGGGGUGAAACCACAUUUUUUGACGAAAAAUUGGAAUAUAAAAAGAGCAUAGAAAAUAUUGUUUUUUCUUUUCUCCAAAAUGAAAUAGAAAGGAAAAAGGGAAUGGAACAAAAUGGGGAUAAUGCAAAAAGUUCUUUUAGACAAAAUGAAGAUAUAUUAAAUAAUUUCGAAAAAAAUAAACAAAAUAUCAAAUCGUGUAUUCGACUAAAGCGACUCAAUAUUAGCUCCGUUCUUUCACAAACAGUUUUUGAAAAAAUCAUCGAAUCCUUUAAAUUAGGAUAUUUUUUUAACCCAUUACUUUUAUCAAUAUUAUUUUUUUUUUCUACUGUAUCCUUUCCACAAGAAUGCAGAAAUAUAUUUUUUAACGAUUAUGAUAUAUUGAAAAUUUUAGGGAAAAAUAUAUUUAUUCAUUUUUUUGAUAAUCAGCAUUAUAUAAUAUAUACAAUAUCCACUUAUUAUGGAUUGAAACAACAUAAUUAUAUUGUCGAUUUAACGAAAUUUUUUCCUUCGAUUUUUUCAUUUAUAUAUAAUUCUUAUGAUAAUUUUAUUUUACACCAAAACUUGGAAGAAUAUUUUAAAAAUUUACUAACAGAAUAUUCCGAUCCAAGUUUUUUACAUUUUCUAUUUUUUGUUAAAAAACAAAUUAACAACAAACAAAAGGAUCACUAUUAG